GUGAGGUAAUGAAGAAUAACACAGAGGGAAAAACACAGGAGAACUGAAGAGACCCACAAGGGCAUAAUAUCAAAGCAUAAGAUGCAACAAGAAGACACAGAAUCAUGACUUUCUCAGGGCACAGAUGAAGCUGAAGAACACAGAAACACCACAGCAAAUUUGUUCAAGUUCGGAUAUAAUUGUUUCUGUCGUUCCCAGGGGGUUCUCCAGCCUCUCAGCUCUCAGUUCACCCAGCUCGACUGUGACAUCACUGAACGGAGAACAGCACUUUUAGAGAUUCUGCUAUUAUGUCGUACUGUUCUGUUGUGAGUGGGGCAAUGUCAGUACGUAGACCUGCCAGAGCUGCUGCGACGGGUUCCCUUAGGUCAUCCACACGUUGGAGCAUAUGUCAUCUCAUGAAAUCAGGAAAUCAAAAGUUGGUGAUCCACUAUGGAUACUGUCUGGGUUCUUCAUCAGCAGAGGAGGUGUGUCUACAAUGACUAUGAGGCUUGUUGGAGAGAUUUGCAGAAUUAAACUGCCAAGCUUCAUUUAACUUUCCAGACUUCACUUCCAUCGAGCAAGCUGCCCGUCCUUCCUCUUCCUGUCUGGGGAAUUAUGCAUCUCAGUUUUCUACCCCUUCUCUUCGCCCUUCUUGCCUUUUACCUCACCACAUCCCUAUUUCCAACUGUUGUGGGCUCACGGUUGUGUCCACACCAGUGCCAUUGUUACGAGCAUCCUGACCUGGUGAACUGUAGUAGCCGUGGCCUCGAGCAUGUUCCCAGGGGCCUCCCACACGGCACAUGGCUGCUGGAACUGGGAGGAAACAACAUUAGCAAGAUUGCCACCGGAGUCUUCACUGGACUGUGGUCCCUGCGCGUGCUGGUGCUGAGCAACAGCCAUAUACAGGAAAUACAACCACAGGCAUUUUUUUCUUUAUCCCUGCUGGAGAAGCUGGACCUCAGCUGGAACCGGUUAACAUCUCUCCCUGUCGACUUUUCAACCAGUCUGUCUGCUCUCAGAGAGCUGCGACUGGAGCACAACAACUUACAUCAUAUAUCUGGAUACAGCUUCGAGUAUCUGGACAACAUGGAGAAGCUGGACCUCAGUUAUAACCAGCUGAUGUUGGUUGGCUCUGGUGUGUUCAGGGGCCUCUCCAGGCUGAGACAGCUCUACUUACACAACAACCGACUGACUGUGGUGCAGCAGGGGAGCCUGGAUAUGUUACCUGGACUAGAGGUGCUGCAGCUAAGUAACAACAACAUCUCCCAGAUCGAGAGUGAUGCUCUGGCUCCUCUCUACAGCCUGGCGGUUCUUGCCCUGGAGGGAAACAGCCUGCAUCAUCUCAAGUUUAAAACCUUCAUCAGCCUUCAUACAAAAGCGACACACAUCCAGCUGUCAGGCAACCCGUGGAGCUGCGACUGCGAGCUGCAUCGCGUAUUCAGCAAGAUCUUGUACGUUCGACACCUCCACAUCGACGACUACCGCAACGUGACGUGCCAGGACCCUCCGCAGCUGGCUGGGUCUUCACUGGCCUGGGUUGACAGCCAGCUCUGCAUCGCAGAAACGGCCACUGUGCUCGUCAUCACCGUCACUGUCAUAGUCACCGUGGUGGCGGCUUUGGUUAUGGCAGAGAGGACCAGGAAGAGGAACGCUGGUAAGAACUGGGACACUGAGUCACAGACCCAAUCAUAAAGCCCAUUACAGCCUGCAGAGAAGGCAUUUACAGAAGGAGGAGACCAAAAAAUAUGGAGACUCUGUGACUGAGGAGGAGGGCUGCAGCUAAUGAUUAUCAUUAUUGUGAUUAAUUAUUAUCGAUUCAUUGUUUAAACUGUAAAUUGUCAAAAAGAAACUAUGGGAAAUGCUCAUCAGAAAUUCCUAGAGUCUGAGGUGACAUGUUAAAAUUGCUUGUUUUGUCCAACCAACAGUACCAAACCCCCAAGACUCCUAAUGUACUGUCAUAAAUGAUAAAGCCAAACAGCAGAAUCAUCAUCAGAAGAAGAAGCAGACUAACAACUAACUGUUGCAGUUCUACUGAAGCGUUACCUCCCAGGGUCCCCCAGUGACAAGGAGGAAUGCAGCAUCCAGGAAGGCCGAACACACAUGGACGAUUGUUUGUAAGGACAGUUUUCUUUUGAUAUUCAAACAGGCAAGAGCAUAUACUGUCUGUCUAGAUGGCCUGAAGGACACUUUGUGCUUUGAAUUGUUGCUCAUAUUUUCACUUCACAGUACAAGGGCUUUAAAAGUGUGUGUGUUUAUUUGGGGGUGUGUGACUGCAGGCUAUGGGCUUUUUUAUACAAAAAUAAAUAUUAAUCUUAUUAAAUGUACAUUUUAUUUUUACAUGCAUGCAGCAUGAUUAAGGCUAUUUAUGAAUUAGUUUCAGGCUUAUUCAAUUACAACACAUCCUCAUACUUAACCGACUGGAAAGGCUGAUUGCCACUGACACCCAAAACAACAUGACCAUUGCAGCAUACCAGAAGUCUUAAUUAACUGCUUUUGUAGCCAACCUAUACGGUUGUUGUUGGUGGUUAUGAAGAACAAUGAGGGAAUUUAUUAAUUGAGCAGCAACCGUGAUUGUACAAGGCCUGUCUUUCAGUUUCUUCCAACUUCAAUUUAACUUUACAUUAUCACUAAAGAAAAUUCUGAUCAGCAUUCUCUUGUUUGUAUUUUGCACAUCUAUGAAAUGCUCUGCAGACCUUCAUACCAUUAACCAUUGUCAAAGUUGCUGAUACCUAAUCCACUGCGUUUUUUUAAAAUUCUUUUUAUCAGGAGUUGAGAUAUUUUGUUAAGCCAUGUCAGUGGCAACAAAACAGACCAUUUUUAAGGAGACAUUUGUGACAACAUAACCAGGUAAGCCAAACAUGUUGUUUUUUGUGUCUAAACCAGACCAGACCACGAGCACAGUGUUGAAAUGACAUAAAUGAUAAAUUAAGAUUAUGAAACAUAAAGUUUAAACAUAUCCAUGACCAUUGGGUAGAGGACAUACCAUGGAAAUCUGGGCAUUCUGCAUAUACAGUAGCAUUGGUCCCCUUCCUGUUCAGCAACCAUUCUCAUUCAUGCAGGGGUGGCUGGUCAGUAGAGGGCAACAGAAACCCACAAAAAAAGAAUAUUAUUUUGUUUGUUAUUAUCGUCAUCGGUAUCAUUAUUAUGAUUUGUAUUCAUAAUUUAUGAAUGUCCUGUUUUCUGAAUACCUGGGUCAAUCACUUGCAGUAAUCUACGUCUCUCUCGGGCGAUUUCAAUCUGGUUAAAAAUAGCCCAGACCACCCUGAUAGAUAAUCACCUGUGGGUUCCCGUAGAUAAAAGAAAAAACAUUCAGUUGGCUGAUUUCUUAUAUCUAUUAGCCUGUGUCUACUGAUUUUGGAUUCAUAUUUCUACCGCAUUAUUGUGUAUGUUGCAUUAAGCUGCUGUAGAUGUUUAAGGUUCAGUUCAUUAUAGCAAUUUUAUGUACUGUUGGGUGGUUUAAUCUACAAUGAUGCAUCAUAUUCUAUAAUUAUCAUUUGUUUGUAGUGUUGCAGUCCGUUGAGAACAGUGCAUCUGUGUAAAGUCAGAAAAACAGCCCGUUUCAGCCUCAAGGCAAAGAAGGAGGAACAUUUUCUCAACACAUACAGGAACAUUUCAUGCUUCAGUUUAUGAGAAACAAUCGAAAUCAGAAAAUCUGUAGACUUUUUUUCACUGGACCUGAAGGUGAGGAAGACAACCUGAAAAGUAACUUGUAACUAAAGCUGUCAGACAAUUGUAGUGGUGUAAAAAUAUUAGUAAAUUAAAGUUAAAGUAAAGUGAAUACAUUCCCAACUCUUUAUUAAUUGCACAAUAUCAGGCCCAUUGUUCUUUUGCUCCAGUAAAUAGCUGCUUUUACAUCCAAAGUUUAGGUUAAUUCAUCUAAAUCAGCUUAAGCUAUCAUCAAACAGCUGCUCCUCUCCGAGAGAUGAAGGUGCCCCCACUGCAUUCAUGCAAAACCUAAACUGUCAACUACAUAAAUGCAUCUGCAGUAGUUACUUUACCCAAGUUGUAUGGCACUGAACUGUUUGUAACACCAUAAGUGAUGCUAAAUAAAUA